AGAGAGAGAGAGAGAGAGAGAGAGAGGUAAAAUAAGAGGGAGGGAGGAAAGGAGAAAGAAACAGAGAAAGGUAAAGUGAGAGAGAGUGCAAGAGAGAGAGAGAGAGAGAGAGAGAGAGAGAGAGAGAGAGAGCGUGAACCUAUGGCAGCUUUUAAACAUUCUAAGUUGGAGCUGAAGUUGUAGGGCUGAGAGAGAGAGAGAGAGAGAGAGAGAGAGAGAGAGAGAGAGAGAGAGAGAGAGAGAGAGAGAGAGAGAGAGAGAGAACACAAGAGAUAUGCUAGGCUGUAGUGAAUGGAUGAGCAGUGAGGGGCACCGCUGUUGAUUCAUGCACGAGGAAUGAAGAUGAUGUGGCGAUGAAGAGGCAGCGCGAGCGCGUUUAUUCUCACAGUGGAACUCCUGCAUGGACCCUAAGCAGCUUGGAGGAGCACCCGGUGCACACGCUCUCCCCUCACCAUGGCUCUGAGGGCCGGGCUGAAGUUUCGAGUGAAGCGGCGCUACAUUGUGGCCUCCCUCUCUCUCCUGGCCCUGUCAGCAGUGAUGAUCAACACCAGCUCUCCCUCCCCCUCUCAACAGAGGAGCCUGCCCUCACAAGGGCCCCACCACAACCAGCCUUCUGGGUUAGAAGGGAGUGACUGGAAGCCACCGUUCUACCAGUUACCCCUAAACGACCACAGUGGAGCCUGGAAGCUUUUGAAAAGUAAAGAUUCAACCAAGCACCAACUAGUAGUCGGCCAGCACCAGCGUAGAGGCAGCAGCAAGGUUCCUGACAGAGUCCAGCAAGCAACCAAAAAGAAGCUGAAAAACAAUACAAACAUGACAAACCCAAAGCAAGGCAGAAGCAAGCAUUCCUCCCAGACGUUUCCAACCAACACAAAGGAAAAGCUCGCCAACCAAUCAGGCAAUGGCAGUGACUCGAAGUAUGCCAUCCAUCUUCCUUACCCCAGACCUGGCCAAACCAUACCUCGGCCUGCCAGCGUGCGGAGUCUCCACCCAGACAUUAAACCAUGCAGGCACAAAUGCACUCCAGAUGGGCCCAAGCCAGAGAGGCUGAUGGGGCCAUCUGUGAAACUUAAACAGACCAUAGGAAAAACCAAAACAUAUGAAAGACAAGCAAAGCCUCCUGAAAAAAAGGGGCACAGCCGUAUCUCUAAGGCAGGGACUGAGAGAACGGACUACAUGACUGCUUGGUGUAAAAGCUCUCAUAAUAAAGCUUUCAGUGAAGACUGGAAUUGGACAAAAGCAGAAUCUCUCCCCUGGUUUAGUAAAGAAGACGUGGAGAGGAUGCGUCUGCUUGCAACAGGCACUGUGUUGAGUAAAUCCAGAAUUCCAGGCCAUGGGCAAGUGCUUCAAAUAGGACUUGGUGGUUACAAUAAGAUGACUUCUUCUUCUGCAGCAGCUGGAGAGCAUAGCAGACUCAGCGAGACAGGAAACCGUGCAUUAAUCAAGCGCCCCAAUGACUGGUUUGAGGUGUUUGCCUUCCACCUGGACAGAGUCCUGGGUCUGAAAAGGAGUCUUCCUGCAGUUUUAAGGACUUUUCACAGUAAUAUUCUUCCAUAUAAAUAUACCAGUGGUGCUCCAAGGCCCGCAGUGUGGUGGGACCCAGAUAUUCAGCAUCUAUCUGAUGGUGAUAAUGACCAGAACUCAUUCACACUCACCUGGCCCCAGUACCAGGCACUGCUGAAGACCAGGUGUGGGAUUCAUGCACCUCUCAACUCGUCUAGGUGUGUAGGGGUGCACCAUUCUGAGUGGGCACAUCUGGCACUGUUCGACUUUCUGUUACAGGUUAAUGACAGACUGGACCGGUACUGCUGUGGCUUCCAGCCUGACCCUGCUGACAUGUGUGUGGAAAACCUCCUGAAUGUGAAAUGUUCCAAUCCCAAAGACUUAAUGUUGGUGCAUAUUUUGGUUCGCAGGGCUGAUCCCUCUAGACUGGUUUUCAUAGAUAAUGCAGGCAGGCCUCAUCACCCACACGACAACCUCAACUUCAGACUGGUUGAGGGCAUUGAUGAGUUUCCAGAGAGGGCGAUGCGGGUGCUGCGGUCAGGCUGCCUGGAGCAGCUGCUCCUGCGCUCGCUGUCUGUGGAUAAGGAGCUUUGGGAGAGCAGAGGUGGUGCAGCAGGCCUCCGCUCCACCAUCCACACCAUCCAACAGAGAGGCAGAGCGUUGCUGCAGCACCUCCAGGAAAAAGGUCUUCCACACUGAUGCGACGGAGUGUUAGCUUGGAUCUUUUUAGUUGCUCACAGUUUAAGUAUGUUUUAGAGUUGGAUGGAGGAUUGUGGCUCUAUUAAAUACUUUCAAUACUUUUACCAUGUUUGCAAGUAGUAGCAGAGCUCUUUACAUAAUUUAAUGAAAUAUGGUGCUGCAUCGUUUGCCAGUAAUCUUUCCGCAGAGCACUUAUAGGCCAAUGAAAUUGUUUUGUUGAUUAUAGCUGGCUAUUUUCUUGUGUUAUUAUUUUGUGUCCUUGAAACUUACCUUAAAAUAAGGGAUUCUCAGUUAAGUUCCCCACAAAGAUAUACUAUAGAUUGUGCUGCCUAACUCAGCUUCUUCAGUGUUGUAGCUGACGUUUAGGUGUAAAGUAGUCUACAACAAAUUGAUACAAAAUUAAUUAGUUAUACUUCUCUUUUACACAUAGAGACAUUGUGAUUGUUUCUGUUCAUAUUUACUGAUGGAAAAGUUUAUUUCUAAUAUAAGAUGUAUUAAUUAAAUUUGGACAAAAGAACCAAUUCUGUGCCUUUGGAAGAUAAAAAGAUAAAAAUACUGUGUAUAUAAUGAAUAUAUUUUGCAAAAACGUGUAUAUAUUUAAAUAGCAUUAAACAAUAAAACUGAAGUUUUAUAACUUGUA